AUGUCGAACUGGGCAUUUCUUUUGCAGACCACUGAAGAUGAGAACAGAGAAGAGCGACAUAUAGCAAAACAGCUAGCCGAAGCCAGUCUACAACGUGCGAAGAACAAAGGAGUCUUGCUGGAUGCUCUUGUCAACAAAGACUUGGUGAGUAAGGCUGAGACCUCGGAGGCGCCUGAACCAGUCAACUUGUUAACAACUCAAGACAUUGAGAACCACCUCAGCAGCUUGGAUUUGGGACACUCGGCUCGGGCUCCUUCCGAAGCAACGACUAUUCCAGGCGAGCUUCCAGACGAGCCACUACAUGAUGUUCCAGAACGCAUUGAUCACCCACGGAGGAUUUCUAGCAAACGAGAGCGACCCGUUCAUUGCAGAAAGCCUUUUUUCCACCACUUCUUUGCGAAAACAAACAUCAACCCGGAUGAAGAGAAGAUCAUAUCAGAGCUGCGCUCGUCCAAUUUGAAUGGACUACUGCACCAGUUGGCGACAGCAUUGCUAGAUUUCGCACAAGAUGUAGUGACAGAGGAACUUGAGCUGAUAGCACGGCAUGCUGUCAAGAAUGAUGGAGGUGGUCAUGUUGCAGAUUCAGUUGAAUUCGGCAAGCAACCGUGGUUUGUGAGUGUGAAGCAAGACCUUGCUUCUGGUAAUGCUACAAGUUCAGAUGAGUCAAGUUGUGCUGAGGAAACUCAUGGCGUAUUUGUCACUGCAGACAUGUUCCGCACAUUUUUAGAGGAAGAGCGUCAUCGUCCUCUUGUUGCAGAUCUACCGAAGCAUAUUAUAGAUCUGCGACAUCUUAUACUUCAGAUUGGCCGGCAUGUGUAUGAAACAUAUGGCAUUGGCAUCGUCAUCGACCAGUGUGUUGAAGAAGUUUGCGAGUACACGCUGCUGUACUACCUUUCAGAAGAUUGGUCUGGCUUUCACAGCUCUAGGCAUGAAAUCUGA